AUGGAGCCUGUACAGAAGAAGAAGAAGACUGGAAAGGAGAAGGUGAAGGUGGCCAAGCCAGUGGCGAAAGUGACAGAGCAGCGGACGAAGCAGCGGAUGGAGCAGCCGGCUGAGACACCAGACUUGGUUGAGGAUUCAAUGGACGAAGAGGAGGAAGAGGAGCAGGGAGAAGAGCAGGGGGAAGAACAGGGGGAGAAGGAGGCGCCAAAGACGUUCAAAGAGCUUGGACUCGUCGAUGCGCUAUGCGAGGUGUGUGAGAUGCUCGGCUACACGGCGCCGACGCCGAUCCAAGCGGCGGCAAUCCCGGUGGCACUGAAGAACCGGGACAUCAUCGGCACGGCGGAAACGGGCAGCGGCAAGACGAUUGCAUUUGCGCUACCGAUGCUGCAGGCGCUGCUGGAUCGGCCGCGGCCGCUAUUCGGGCUGGUGCUGUCGCCAACACGGGAGCUGGCGGUGCAGAUCGGGCAGACAUUUGAGUCGUUUGCGGCCAUCUCGCUACGCUGCGCGGUGGUGGUGGGCGGGAUGGACAUGGUGUCGCAGUCGAUUGCGCUGGCGAAGAAGCCGCACGUGGUGACCAAGGGCUUCUCGCUCAAGCACCUGCAGUACCUGGUGAUCGACGAGGCGGACCGGCUGCUCGACAUGGACUUUGGGCCGAUCCUGGAGAAGAUCUUGCGGCAUCUGCCGCGGGAACGCCGAACGAUGCUUUUUUCGGCCACCAUGUCGUCGCAGGUGGAGAGCCUGCAGCGGGCGAGCCUGCGGGAUCCGGUGCGCGUCAACGUGGCGUCGAGCGCACACCAGACGGUGUCGACGCUAAAGCAGAGCGUGAUCGUGACGCCGACGACGCGCAAGGACGUCUGUCUCGUCUAUCUCGUCAACGAGUUCUACGGACAGUCGAUCAUGGUGUUCACGCGCACCAUCUACGAGACGCAGCGGUUGGCGAUCCUGCUGCGGGCGCUCGGGUUCGGCGCGGUGCCGCUGCACGCCCGGCUCAGCCAGUCGCAGCGGCUCAGCGCGCUCAACAAGAUCAAGUCGGGCAGCCGUGAGAUGCUGAUCGCGACGGACGUGGCGGCACGCGGGCUCGACAUCCCGCACAUUGGCAUCGUAAUCAACUACGACGUGCCGCAGGACAGCAAGACGUACGUGCACCGAGUCGGCCGGACGGCGCGCGCCGGCAAGUCCGGCCACGCCGUCAACCUGGUCACGCAGUACGACCACACCCACUUUCUCGCCGUCGAGAAGGCCAUCGGGAUGGAGCGCAAGAUCCUGCCCUUUCCCAUCGACCGCGAGGAGCUGAUGAUGUUCAAUCCGCGCGUCGAGGAGGCCCAGCGCCACGCCCAUGUCGAGAUGCGCACGUUUAUCGAGCAGAACGGCAAGCGCAAGAAGACCGGCCGCUCGGCUGCCGGCGGCCAGCGGCGCCACGAUGGAAUGGAUCGGGAGGAGCACUAG